CGCUUUUUAUGUCAGUCCGAACUCGCCACUGCGCGCGCGUACACGCGUUAUACGUAUUUCAACGCUCGGUGCUCCACAUAGCGCAUCCCGAACGUCGGGAAACGAAACCAAACAUUCUACAAAGAACAUUUUUUAGUUUUAUUUUGUGAUUAUUGUUUUAUUAAGGACUGGCCACUGCUUUCUACACGCAGAAUAAUAAAUAAAAAACGGGGGGAGCCAGUACACAGCGAAAAUGUCGGGAAUUUUCCUGAAAGCAUUAGUAUUCAAAACGAUCGUGCUAAACCGCAGAUAGGUGUAAAGACGAUGUUUAACGACAAUACAUAGUACAAAAGGGAAGUCCCUUAUAUCCAAUCGUCCUACAUCCUUCCACAUUCAUACAUCGCGCUUCCUCUUCUUUCCAAUAGACAUUUAAUAAUAGAUAAUAUAUAUAAAAUAUUCAAAUAGUGCCUGCAAUAACCAAUAAGACUUCAAGAGUAUCCGCUAUAAUUGCAAAACAAGUCGAAGUUGAAAUUCGCCUUGAAUGAUCCAUAUCUUAUCGACAAUACGAAGAUAGAGUUAGAUGAUCGUAUUUUGUAUUUAAAUACUGCGCAUCAGUCGUAUCGAGUGUCUGCUUUAUUGAGUGUAUCUGUAUUUGAGAGUAGUGGCUGUAGUACUUGAAGGGGAGGUAUAACGUGAAGAUGUCGCACGGACAGGUGAAGAGCUCGAAGAAUGGGAAUGCGCAGACGCCGGAUUCGCCGCGCGAAGGGUCAGUGACCCCGCCGCCGCCACCUGAUGGAGGGUGGGGAUGGAUGGUCGUCUUCGCCUCCUUCAUGAUCCACAUAGUCACGGACGGCAUGACGUAUUCGUUCGGCGUGUUCUACGCUGAGUUUCUGAACUAUUUUGAAGAGGGCAAGGGCAAGACCGCGUGGAUUGUCUCCAUCCUCGUCGGGGUCACCCUCAGUUCAGGACCAAUAUCGAGUUCGUUCGUAAACCGAUGGGGGUGUCGCGCAGUGACUGUCUCUGGGGCGUUGCUGUCGGCUGUUUGCGUCACACUAUCAGCUCUCGCUGGCAACGUGCUGACGCUAAUCUUUACUAUAGGCGUUGGCGCCGGCUUCGGCUUCGGCCUCAUCUACCUGCCUGCCAUAGUCAGUGUGACUGUCUGGUUUGAGCGGUACAGGAGUCUUGCUACCGGAAUCGCUGUAUGCGGAUCCGGGCUUGGAACAUUCCUCUUUGCUCCGAUCACCAAAGCGCUCAUCACUGAGUAUGGGUGGCGAGGAGCGAUGGCCAUCAUCGGCGCCUUCAUUCUCAACUGCGUGCCUCUGGGACUCAUGUUCCGACCAGUACCUGAACCUCCACGGACGCCUGCCUCUGAACCCAUGUUACCCAAAUCCAACAAAUCGCCUUUAAAAAGAUCGCAGAGCACAGAACAUGUGGUGCGAGCUAAUGGAAAAACAGACGACAGCGAUAUAGCAAGACUGACCCUUUCACAACCAGCCCUCAAUAAACCACCAGAACAGAAGCUACACAGACACUCGAGGCAUGGCAGUGGGAUAAUGCAAAGACCUGAUGUCUUGUACCAAGGCAGCAUGACGAGCUUAUCUAAGUUUAGAGCACCUUCUCCUGAGAGAGCAGUAGUGCAUGUGAUGAAGGAGGAACAAGAAGAGAGAUGUGGAUGGUUGCCGUGCUCGGCGGAAUCGAAAGCCGCUUUAUCAGAAAUGCUUGACUUAAGUCUUCUAGUAGACCCUAUAUUUAUAUUGUUCUCUAUAUCAAACUUUUUAACUAGCAUAGGAUUUUAUAUUCCAUACGUUUACACAGUGCCUAUGAGCGAAGCGCUACAAAUAGAGAAUCCAGAAUAUUUAAUUUCUAUAAUUGGAGUAUCUAACUUAGUGGGAAGGAUUGUCUUGGGAUUCAUCAGUGACAAGCCUUGGGUUAAUCGCUUGCUUGCCUACAACUUGUGCCUUACCAUCGCGGGUAUAAGUACAGCAUUGUCCAUGGCGUGCUGGGAGUUCUGGGGCCUGGCUAUGUAUGCAACGACUUUCGGCUUCACCAUCGGCGCGUACGUGGGUCUCACUUCGGUGGUGCUGGUUGACCUGCUAGGCCUUGAAAGGCUUACCAACGCGUUUGGCCUACUUCUUCUAUUCCAAGGGAUUGCUUCUUUAAUAGGACCACCUUUUGCAGGCUGGUUGUACGACGCGUUACAUUCGUACGCUCCAGGGUUCUACGUGGCGGGGGCAACGAUCUCUCUGAGCGGCGUGAUCCUGUUCCUGAUCCCGGUAAUCGAGCAGCGCACCGCGCAGGCGCGCUGGGCCGCCGACACGGCCCUCGAGCAGAUUUAGCAGGACGCCUGCAGGGGCCGCGAUCACCCCGUCAUCGUGCUCAACAGCCCCUCCACUCCCUCCGCAACAGACUCCACGGAGGACACCUUCAGCAACAGGGUAUAUACUACUACAAUAAUAGAAGAAAAUUUUUAUACUGAUAGUUACGGACUUGUAAAUAAUCAAGUGAUGAAUGAAUGCGACGAACGAUUAUAUCAACCGCAUUCCAAAGACGUGAGUGCUUGUGAGAUAUAUACAAGUAGUGAAAAAUUUAGUGCAAUCUAAACGAUUUAUUUCUUUUUACGUACAUUCAUAUUAUAAUUGACACAUGUGUCGUGAAUUAUAUCUAAGAACUGCAACAAAUUGAUAAUGUAGGUAACCGUAAUAGAUGUAUCGUAAUAUUUAUCCUAUAUGACAUCAAUAUGUAACAGAAACUAAUGCCUGUUAAUAUUGCACUUGACAUCAAGUUAUUCAAUAAGUCACUUUUUAAUAUAAGUAGAUCUGAACGCACCCAACUAUGCUUCCGCCAAAUAAUUUUGUAAAAAGUUAAUAAAAAUACAUUUCGAAAUAUUUUUCGGAUAGCCAAAUGAUUUGUCUAGUGCAAUAAUAAUAGGGUUCAACACGCAUACUGCGUAUUACUAAUAAUCUAUUGAUACAAUAUUAAACAUCGAGGGUUACUUCACCAUGGCCUUAUCGUGGACCAAUCGAGGCUAGUGUAUGAGAUCCAAGAGUACCUAUCGAAGCAUAAUCUGUGCUUGUAUGUGAUCUAGAACUUAAGACCUCUAUCUAUUCAAUUUGAUUUGUAAGUAUAUCUUUCUACUUGUGUUCAUUAGCGAUCCAUAAACCCCGUUCCCUUUUGUAUAUUGAUGUACAUAAUAUACAUGCUCUAUCUGACUGAAUUAGGUAAUCGAUCAAUGUAUCAUACAACUGAACUGUGCUAUAUUCUUCGUACAAAUUAUUUGUCUCUUUGUAAUAUAUUGUUGAAAUUCUUUAAGUCGUAUCUAAUACGAUAAAAUUGUACAUUGAGGUUAAAACAUGUGUAAUAAUAUAACAUAUUGGAAUUGA